AUGAGGUCAACAGAUAGUGCAGCCAAACGGAAGCCGAAGCCAGGAGACUGGGUCGAAAUUAACUCGAAACAAUUCGUGAAGAUCCAGUUCCUGUCUGCGGACGGAUUAUUCGUCGUAGGCUUUUUGCCUGCAGAUACAUCUCGGUCGAUUACGAUCGCACUAGAGCAGAUAUUUCGAGUCUCCAGCAGUAUAUGGCGCGUCAACUACCUCACAGAGUACCAAGCUUUGGAAUUAUCGACGAGUUAUCAACGCACCAAAUCUGACGUCUCUAGUGCAAACAACACGCGAAUCGGCAAGUUGCACCGCGACAGUGAAGCGUUUCAUCGCCAUGGAGCAGCACGCAACCAGGGGUUCCCCAACCAUUUCGUGACACCUCAAAUGCUGGAAAACAUGAAUCGCGAGCGGAACAACUUAACCCCGUCGUCAAGCCACACCAAACCGAUCGAGAUUUUUAGUGCCAACGACACUCUGGACGCCAACUACGUGCUCACAUCACCCGCUCAUAUUUCGGCUCAAAAUUAUUGCGCCGUCAGCUCGUUCCUCCAGCAACGGCGUCAGCCCAGAGGUUUGUGGAGCCCCAUGAAGCAGUGUGCACCCUACAGCGUCCUAACAAGCCCAGUACCGUCAAUGACCCACUCGUCAUCUCUCAACGACCUGAAGACCCCGCAGAAGGCAACGACAAUCGUCCAUUGA